UUUUGCAGUUGCCAACAAAUAAACUGUCGACUCGAAAACGUUCUUAGUGAUGCUUCAGGGUUGGCUGAGCAAUAAAGUAAAUCGACUCCGUCAUCGGUUCGAUUACCACGAAAUGUCUUCAACUGAGCAAUCUACAUCACGAGCCACUACAUCAACAAAUUGUACAAAAACAGAAGAAACCGUCGAUGUAAUUGGAACCGUUGAAGUAACUGAAUGCAAUUGGACAAUGACUGAAGAGAGCAGGGAUGCUAUUAUCAGAAUUAUUAAAGAGAGAAUGUCGCACACUGAAUAUCAAUACGUCGAUGAUGAUGUUCCAAACUCUGAAAGAUGUCAUUUUUGUAUGAAAAGAAAAGGCCGAUGGAUGGGUGACGAUUGCUCGGAUCAUUCCUCCUUAUGCAAACAUUGCUGCUACGAAAUGAUACGUGAUUCGAUUAAAGACUACAAAAGCGGUCCAUUAUAUGCACGAUGUCCACAAUGCUUCCGCAAUAUAUCUUCAUUGACACGGCGGAAACGUCGACUGACAAGUGAAGGACACGACGAGAACUGCCCAGCCCCUAUGGUCCCUAUGGUUAACGCUGAACAUUCAAUUUCACUUUGUGACUACACGACAUCCAUGAUGGGUGGAGGACAAGUGAAUAAGGGAUUUGAAUCUUCAAGCUCACUGUAAUAUACUUUUUUGUUCCUGUUUUGUACAAUAUUCCCUUCCCGCCCAAAAUUCACACUGUCAUUUUGGCUUGUUAGCGAGAAUUCUGAAGGGUAUCUCGGUAACAAGUCAUCUUUUUUAACGGCUUAUGCAACGAUUCGGUAUUUUUCUUUCCCACAAACGUUCUUCUUUCUUCAAAAAAUCCCAUUGUCUCGGUAUUGGAAAUCUCUUAAAUUCACGGUGUAUUUUAGGCUAGAAUAGUCUUCUUCUUUUUAUUUGCCCUCUCAUCAUCAUCCCAUCCCUUUCCUUAUCUCGGUUGAUUUUGAUUCGAUUUUUUAUUAUUUCAAUAAUUUAUUUUGACUGCUCGCGGUCGAUAGAUCCCCAUAGAUCAUUCAACAAAUAAAUUAUUAUUUUAUU